GGAGAGCAGUCCUUUUUUAAGCCAGAGAGCACAUCUGCCUUUGUGCUGAAGAAGGUGGUGUGAACACUCUCUGACCAGAAGGAAUCGUAACUGGGAUCCCUGGCAGCAAGCGCACCCUACGAGACAGUAGCCGAAACUGCUCCACUGCAGUAAGAAGUAUUCUCACGUGCUGGGGCCUGGAGCCGAUGGCAGACAAUGUCAACAACUAACAACAUAGCGCAGGCCCGGAAGCUGGUCGAGCAGCUCCGCAUUGAAGCCGGCAUUGAGAGGAUCAAGGUCUCGAAAGCAUCUUCUGAGCUAAUGAAUUACUGUGAGCAACAUGCCAGGAACGACCCGCUGCUGGUUGGAGUGCCCGCUUCGGAGAAUCCUUUUAAGGACAAAAAGCCUUGUAUCAUCCUAUAGCUUUCCUUGCUCCGGCGCGUGUGAUCUCUCAGGCAGGGCACCGUUCUCCAUCAACUGAAACCAAGCUACAAACUUACAACUGCGCCGAGGGGUAAACACUAAAUCUUGGAUUUAAAUAGAACUUCAAUCUCAAAAAAAAAAAAAAAAAAAUUGCAAGUGGUUUAGGGAAGGGUGUCUGCUCCUGAGCAGGUGCCACACUGAGAGGGGUCAAAAUUUAAAAA